CCGUUUGUUAUUGAAGUUAUUCCAUCGCCUCGGGCCAGAACAAGGCGAGGCUCUAACAAGCACGCGUCUGUCCAUGACGAUGACGGACAUCGUCUAUGCUUCGAUCGAAAUGGAAUUUCUAUAGAGCCAUCGGGUACGCAUCGGUGCGUCUUCAACGUAAACAAUCUAAUUACUAUUUCACCUGUAAGAAUAAUCGAUAAAAUCUUAUUGGUCACACUCUUCUUCGUUCCAACGAUCGACGAUUCGAGUUAACAUAUGUUUAUAAGAAAAGGAUAAUCCACGGGAGAUAAAUUGUAAAUCCUUCGUAACAACCAAAAAAUUCCUAUUCCGAUCACUAAUCCAAUAAUAAAUAUUAUUCCGUCAUUUCAAAAUCGUGUGUAAUUAACCUUCCGAAUACACAUAAUCGUUUCUAUAUCACUAAGGGUUGCUAAGGAGAAAGAGAGAGAGAAGGUUAAUGGAGUAGCGUCGAUCAGUGUGUUAGACACGCUCUAACAUAAAAGAAGAAUACUCGAUAAUUGGUUGAAAGUCGUCGUUAUCGUCGUCAUCGUCGUCGUAAAAGUCGUACUACUCCACUCCAUUCAACGGUGCGACACCAUGAUGUCUCUCGGUUUACGUUGGAACCUUUUUAAAAUUAAAGUGGGGAUCCAGGUUUGAAAAGCUGAACUAAACGCCGGUCCUGUUAGUCGUCCCGUUAAAGUCUUCGAGACUACGCGUCUAAACGAAAACUUUAUAGCGUAUCGGAGUUUUCAUUUUCUUUUUGAAAAACACGAUGACGUGCCGGAGCGCGCUGAUCACCGCGUUUACCAUCGGAAUUCUUCUCCUGGCGACUAGAACGGAUUACUCGGAAGCCUGCAACGAAGCGAUCUGUGCAAGCGUCGUUAGUAAGUGCAUGCUCACUCAAAGUUGUAAAUGCGACCUCGUCACCUGUACUUGCUGCAAAGAGUGUUUCUCAUGUCUCAGCUAUCUCUACGACGAGUGUUGCUCUUGCGUUGAUCUCUGCCCAAAGCCGAACAUCACGGACAACCCGUUAAGCAAAAAAUCCCACGUGGAAGAUUUCAGCGAACCGGUACCUGGUCUCUUCCAAGCUCUCACGGCAGAACCGGAUCCGCACGAACGUUGGCUCACCUUUACCUAUCCAGUGGAUUUUGAUAUGUCCUUGUUCGCGCCGAAGCAAGAAAAGGAAAUCAAAUAUCACAUGCAAACCGCGGAGGAAGAGAUGCAUCCUUUGAAGCCAAACGUGAUGACGGUAAACUGUACUGUGGCGUUCAUGGCACAGUGUAACUCUUGGAACAAGUGUCGAGCUUCCUGUCAAAGUAUGGGUGCAACCAGCUAUAGGUGGUUCCACGAUGGCUGCUGCGAGUGUAUCGGUGACACGUGCAUUAAUUACGGGAUCAAUGAAUCCAGGUGUAUUCAUUGUCCAAUGGAUAAAGAGGAGGAUGACCUGAAGGAUCAAUACGAUGAUUUUGGUCAGGACGAGGAUGAAUUAACGGAGGAUGAGAUCGAUUAGAUGACGAAGGGAAAGUUGAAAAAGGUCGUACGAACUAAGCGAUAUUAUUCGCGUAAAGUGCAAUUUCACCAAAAUCCAUCAUUGUUUUCCCGGUGAUGAUCUAAUCGACGAUAGACAAAAUUUACAAGUUGAUCCGCAUCGGAGAGGAACUUUGUUGUUGUUGUUUAUUUUUUUUUCUUUCUUUCUUUUUUUUUUUUUUAACGGUGCAAUUAUAUCGGAAAGGGCUUGUAUUAUAUAAGGACGCUCGGAUAGAAUAUUUUUUCCUCUAGUGUGAUCUUCUCUUAUUUUAAGAAUUUUAAAUGGACUAUCGGUCUCUUUAGAAGGGACAAGAUUUUUUUGAAUGAAUAUUUAAUGAAUAUUUAAGUCAACGCAACGUCCAGGAUACAAAGUUCGUUUUUAAUUGCGUCGAUAGAAUAGGUAACACGAGAGUGUGCCUGUUCGAUCAAGAAAUAUUUUAGAGGUCGAACGUUCGACUCGUCUCUGUACAUGACUGCAGCGGCAUAUCACAAAGAAUCACUUAAUUCGUUUGAAACGACCUCCUUCUCACGAAUAUCUAUUUAAUUUACCGAUUUAUCGAAUCGUAUGUUUUAUCUAUUAUACUGUGCCAUACGAAUAAAAUUGUAAAUAUGUCAAAUA